UUAAUUUACUGAAAAAGAAAAUUUGAGGCAAUUUCACAUUGAAUAAAAAAAAUGGAAAAAUAGAAAAAAAUGCUAAAAACGGUACUUAGUUGGAGUAAGGCGGAAUGGACUUUUAAUAAGAAUUAACUUAAUUCUAAAACAAUUUGAUAUGAAAGGAACUCAAAGUUUAUGAUUUAGAAAGACUAUGACAAAAAAUUAAAAGUACUGGGUAUCUAAUUAAAUAUAUCUAAGAAAUUAAGGCAUUUUAAAAUUUGAAUAGACAUAAAGAGCACUAAAAGAUCGAAAAAAUACUAACUUUCAUUUGGUGA